AUUUCUCCGAAACCUAGUUUCCCUCUGUUUUCAUUCUCCGAUUCAAAUUACAUUCUCCGAAUCAAAUGUCGGCAUCCACUGUUUCUAUCACGGCCACCCCGACGACCCGGAGGCGAUCCGUCGUCGCCGUCGAGAAGAGGUCGGCCAACAUCGAACUCGUCUCCGCCGAGCCCCAAUCUCAGAGGGCCGACGACCCAACCGCCCCUAACAACAGAGAUCUGAGUCACCAGUCCGUCAGAAGCGAAACCGCCGUCGACCGUUCCGCUCAGACCCGACGAACCGCCGUCACUUCCACCGUGUCUCCGCCGUCCGGUCGCCGCUCCUCCCGCAAAGCCCUAGCCGGAACUCACAGACCUCGCUGGCUCAGGCUCCUCCGCAUCUUCGGCAAGUGGCUCGGCCUUCUGGUUUUCGUCGGCGGUUUGGGCCAGAUACUCACGCGCCUCGCGUACGGCCCCAGCGCCGCCGGGCCCAUGGCGUUCACCGACUUGGAGGGCCGGAUUGCGGAGGUCGAGGCGUCGAUGAAGGAGACGAGUCGGAUGCUUCAGGUUGGGGUGGACUUGGCGAGCCGGAAGAUUGAUAAGGAGGUGGGAGAGUUGAGGAAGGAAGGGGUUGCUUUGGCCAGUGACCUGAGGAGAUUGGAGGCCAAGAGUGAAGGGCUGGAGAGGUCCGUGGAGGAAUUGAAGAGCGUCGAGUGGCUGUCGAAGCAAGAGUUCGAGAGGAUUUAUGAGGACUUGAGGAAGGAAGGGAAGAAUGGUGAGUUGGGUGCGAGUUUCGAUGAUAUAAUGGCCUAUGCCAGGAAUGUGGUGGAGAAGGAGAUAGAGAAGCAUGCUGCGGACGGGCUUGCCAGGGUGGAUUACGCAUUGGGGAGUGGUGGCGCUGCGGUUGUGAAGCAUUCCGAGCCGUAUGUGGUGGGUAAAGGGAGUGGUUGGUGGACCAGUAUGAGGAAUGGGGUUCAUAGUGAUGCUGAGAAGGUGUUGAAGCCAAGUUUUGGAGAGCCUGGGGAGUGUUUUCCUUUGAAAGGGAGUAGUGGUUUUGUGCAGAUUAAGCUCAGGACAGCAAUUAUUCCUGAGGCUAUCACUCUGGAACAUGUUUCUAAGAGUGUUGCUUAUGACAGAAGGAGUGCUCCCAAGGACUGUCGUGUAUCUGCAUGGCUGCGAGGAGUGCAUGAUCAGGAUUUAGAAGUAGAUACAGAGAAGAUGUUUCUUUUGGCUGAGUUCACAUAUGACCUUGAGAAGAGCAAUGCCCAGACAGUCACUGUGUCGGACUCAGCUGUGUCUAACGUUGUUGACACAGUGAGGUUUGACUUCACAUCCAAUCAUGGUAGCCCUUCACAUACUUGCAUAUAUCGUCUGCGAGUUCAUGGGCAUGAACCUGAAUCUGUUUCUGUGGUGGCCAUGCACCAGUCUUAAUUGUCUUUAGAUGUUAGCCCUCAAAGAAGGAAGAUCAGUCAUCUGUUUUGUUGUGGUGUAGUUAAACUUGGUACUUGAUAGGUACAGAUUUAUGAUUGUGUUUAGGGUUGUUCUCUGUGUCCUAUAUGGUUUCUUAAUACUAGUGUAAUGUAGUAGUUGUGUACUUUUUCAUUGUAUGCAGCCUGUGCAGGUUUCAUUGUAUUGCUUUCCAAGUAUAUUUUAGAAACAGACUAUAUUUUAGUCUCUUCUGUUC